AUGGUAGAGAAAGAGAGAAAGCCGCCAGCAGUGCUGAGUAUCCGCGGGGCGGAGGAGGAGGAGCUCCCUGAUCCCCAGCUCCUGCGGCUGGACAAUAUGCUGGUGGCGGAAGGCGUGGCUGGGCCCGAGAAGGGAGGGGGGUCCGCGGGAGCAGCGGCGGCGGCAGCGGCAGCGGCGGUGGGCGGCACGGCCUCUGACAACAGCACCGAACACAGCGACUACAGAGCCAAACUCACCCAGAUCAGGCACAUCUAUCACACCGAGCUGGAGAAGUACGAACAGGCAUGUAACGAGUUCACCACCCACGUGAUGAACCUGCUACGGGAGCAGAGCCGGACGCGGCCCAUCUCCCCGAAGGAGAUCGAGCGGAUGGUCAGCAUCAUCCACCGCAAGUUCAGCUCCAUCCAGAUUCAGCUCAAACAGAGCACGUGCGAGGCCGUCAUGAUCCUACGCUCACGCUUCCUGGACGCACGGAGGAAAAGACGUAAUUUCAGCAAGCAAGCCACCGAAAUUCUCAAUGAGUAUUUCUACUCUCACCUCAGCAACCCUUACCCCAGCGAAGAGGCCAAAGAGGAACUGGCAAAGAAAUGCAGUAUAACAGUGGCACAGGUGUCAAACUGGUUUGGUAACAAGCGAAUCCGCUACAAGAAAAACAUAGGCAAGUUGCAGGAGGAGGCCAAUGUGUAUGCCGCCAAAACAGCGGUAACUGCGAAAAACUCGGUAGCUCACGGAAGCCAAGCCAACUCCCCGUCCACUCCCAACUCCGCUGGUUCCUCUGCCUCAUACAGCGUUCCGCACACUGGAGAUCUGUACACAAACAUGCAGUCAAUUAAUGGGGAUUCCUACCAAGGCUCGCAGGUCACAGACAAUACACAAUCACAGGGGCUCUUUCCCUUCGGUUGUUGGUCUCAGACAGAUAUGGGCACGGGCUCGGGACUCAGAUUCAAGCUAACUACCAACUCGGAAAGCUUUCUGGUGGUCAUACAGGGCGGAGUACCCUAUGUCACCUCACUCCAACGUGAGCUCUGAAUGGUCGUCACCUCCAGGUAUCUUGUCAGGUUUAGCU